AUCUUACCGUUAUCCUAUCUAUGUAAUAUUUAGUAAGCCUUAUCAAUUUCUCUAGUUGAAGUUCCGGUGAUUCAGUGAGUGUGCUUUUUUCAAACAUGGGGAGGUUACUUUUUUGAAAUAAUAUGUUGGAAUUCGAAAGCCGGGUUGUCGUAGUGUCGUUAAGUUUGUUGAGUGGGUGUAUAUUAUUAUACAACGCCUGGGGUCCAGUCCUCGCAGUAGUCAUAUCCUUAUUUCUAGUGGUUUAUGUUUGCUAUUCCUUGAUCACUAACGAUAGCUUGCUAUCGCCGCAUGCAUAUUUUUUUCUUAAUUAUUUCAAAGAAACCGCUCUAGAAUUGAAGAUUGUUAUAGAAAAAUUUAUAGUUUAUCUAUUAAGAUAUUUUAAUAUUAUCUGGAGUAAAAUUAAAUACUUCUUCGGAGUUAGUUUAUCAACAGUUAAAAUGAAGAGUCGAAGAUCAAGUGGAUAUCAAUUAAGUAGUGAUACUACUUUUAAUAGUAGAAACACAUCAAGAUUUGGUAUUAUUCCACAAUUAAGUCCAAUCCCUCGAACUUCCCAUAAACAACAUAUUUCUGAUAUAUCCAAUGUAUCUGAGAAUAAAAUCAAUCAGGAUGACGAAUACCAAUCACAUGAUUCAAGCAAUAGAUACAACAAAUAUACUUCUACGCUGUUAUCUGUAUUGAAAAAAAAUGAAUUACAUAGAUUAGAACCGGAUACGUUAGAGACUAGUUUACCAUCACCGAGGAAAAAUUCUCCCAUGUUUAAUCAGAAUCAUACUCUAACACGUGGUGAAAAUAACACAUCGUUCUCACCUGAGGGAUCACCAUGGGGAACUAGCAUUAGUCCCAAGAUGAGAUCUAAAGCAGGCGGAGUUAAAACUGUGCAGACAGUUGCUGGACCAUUGUUGGCUUCUACGAGAUAUAACAUUGAUCCUAAGACAUAUACUGAUAUAACAUCACCAGGAUUAACAUUGAGGUUAACUAAAUAUGCUGCUGAAGCUAAUAAUAAAUUGACUCACCAGUCGCAAUACAGCGCCGGCCAGUUUCCAAAAGUUAAUCUCCAUGCCAGUCCUAUUCCUCUGAUCAAUACAAAAUUUGCUAAGACAAGAGGACCUGUUACAGUUAGGGUCGCACCACCAGAAACUACCAAGUAUUCCCCUCAAGAAAGGCAGAAAAUUUUGUCUGAUAUAUGCCAAUCAGAAAAUAAAUCACCAUCGAGUGUCGUACAAGUUCUAAAAGAAAUAUCAUUGAAAAGACACGCAUCCAGAGAAGAUGUUACAACUGAUAUAGUGAAAAAGCAAAGAACUGAUAAUAUGUUAAUAAAUGAAGUUGACAAUUUUGAAGAAACUAAACAAAAAAGAGGUAGAGAGGAAUCACCUAAAUCCGACGAUGAUAAUUUAUCCAAAAAUCUUAGACCUACUAAACGUAGUAAAACACCAUCCUGCUAUGAUAUUCUACGUUCGCUAAGCUCAAGUAUUCAUGUCGCUACUGGUAUUAAAAGAAAAGCUGUUGACUGUUCCCGUUGUGGAACUCCUGAGUUUGAAAAACAUUUUAAGUCUUUGAAAGAUUCGCAACAUGAAGAUUCACAUUCUCAUAUUGAUCUACAAAUCAUAAAUAAAGAAGAUAUAGAUGCUCUGAAUGAGAACAAAAAGCGAUGUGCAAGUUCACAUUCAUAUAAAUCUUUAAAUAACACGCAAAAACAAUCUUGUGUUAAAGGAAUUCUUAAGCCUUUUAGUAAUACGAAGAAUUAUAGUGAAUCCAAAGUUGUUCCUACUAAUGAAGAAGAUAUCAAACCUUAUGAGGACGAGGAAGAAGAUAAUAAUAGUUCUUUAACCACAACUAAAUACACAGAUAAACUUUUUAUGAAAGAAGAACCAAAAAGAAAUGACAAGUUAAAAUCGUUCGAAGAAGAACAAAAGCACUUAAUCGAUGCUGGUUUUACCACAAAUGAUAUAGAAGAAAUUAAAAAGAAAGAUAUAGUAAACAUGAGACAAACUAGUAUGCGAGCAAGAUUACAAAGUAUGUUUGAUGCUAUAUCUGGUAAAGCAGCUAGUGGAAUUAAUCCUGAUGUUGUAAUUCAGGCGGAAGAAAUUAGUGAAGUAGCACCUGCAAUCUCUUCUUCUACAGAUUGUGCUACUCUCAAUUCUAUAACAACGACAACUAACGUUAAUACAACACCUAUUAUUACAUCUGCUUUAGCACCAACACUUACUCCAUCUAAAAUAUUAUCUAAUACUAAGCCAGUCAAACAUAUAACAUUUAACUUACCAAAUACAGAAAAUAUAUCUGGUACUAAGGAACAGAGUACAAGUAAUUUAGUAUCAGAUGACAAGAAUAAAUCAAUAAUUACUUCUGAAACAUCAAUUUGUAAAACGGAUGCUACACCAACAUCACUAGAAUUAACUAAUAUGACGACAAAAACAAAUUCGCCUUCUGUUACGACAAUUUCAUUCAUAAUACCUAGAAAAACGGUAACAGAUACAUUACCAGUUACAACAUCAGUUACUCCAGUAAUUGUAUCACCAGUAGCCUCAAAUGGGAUAUUAAAAUCUAGUACUUCCAUUAUAAAUUCUUCUACAAGUUCUACAAAUGUACCAUCAACAACAGUUAUACUGUCAAUACCUUCUACUUCUACUAGUCUCUUUACAAAUAAGAGUACUAUCGCUAAUACUGCAACAUCACCAUCAUUUUCUGAUACAACCAAUAUCAAAACUAGCAUUGGCAAAUCUUUCUUACCUAAUGUAACUAAUACAGGAUUUACAAUGAGUACAGAUUUCCCUAAAUUUAAUUUUGGCAAUAUUGCUAACACUACUGAGUCAACACAAAUAAAUACUGUCUCUGUUCAAAAUACGACCAGUAGCUUAAGCUUUACCACUGAUAUAAAAAGUAUGUUUACUGCUCCAGCUAAUGUUGGUUCGAUAACUGCUGGUAGUGGUGGUGGUGUUGGUGCUGCUUCAGUUUUUCCAAAUAUUGCAGAUAAUUCUACAAGUAGCACCUUUAAAAAUUUCUCAACUACUACAACAAGUUCAGUACCAUUCAUAUUUGGAAGUAAUACUGCAUCGACGCCUAAAACUGAAGUUUCUUUAUUUAAUACAACAACAAGUAAUGCUCCUAGAACAUUUGGGAUUUCUGGAAUUACCCAAACUAUUCCAAUAUCUAGUAACACAUCUAUAAUUCCAAAUAAUCCACCUACGACAACCAAUACGAUAUUAAAUUUGACAAGUAGUACAUUUAGUGGAAAUGCAUCUAGCGGAUCUACGACGUUUACGUUUAGUACUACAAAGCCUAUAUUUUCAUUUGGAACAUCAAAUGCAUCAACGGCGGAAAAUAAACCAACAUUUUCCUAUAACACCAAUGCAUUAGAAAACUCUACUGGAUUGCUAGGAUCAACUAAUACACCAGUUGCAUCUACUACAAGUAAUAAUACAACUUCUGGAUUUAACAUACCAGGUGUUACUUCAUCUACGCAAUUUUCUACUACAACUGUUUCUAUGUUUAAUACACCAUCAACUACAACUGCAUCUAUGUUUAAUACACCAUCAACUACAGCUGCAUCUAUGUUUAAUACACCAGCAACGACGACUGCAUCUAUAUUUAAUACACCAGCAACUACAACGAUGUUUAGAACAACAACUAGCGAGCCAGUAUUUGGUCAAUCAAUCGCUGCUCCUAUUUUUGGUAACACAACAAAAACUCCUUUUGUACCAAUUCAAUCAACAAAAUCAACCAUUGAAUUUGGUACAGGCAACAAUAAUUUCAAAGAAGAUAAACCUCCUGCUUUUGGAUCUAAUACAACAGUCUUUGGAAGUUCUAGUACACCAUUAUUUGGAUCACAGACUACAGCACCACCAACAUUUGGUUCUCCUAGUGUUUCAACCAGUACUCUCAAUUUUGAUAGUACAAAUACAACCACUGCUGUAUUUGGAGCACCAAAUUUAAGUGCACCAGGAAAUACACAGUCAUCAACAGUGCAUAAUUUUGUUAUCCUUACAACACCAAAUCCAAUAUUUGGAAAUCAAAAUAAUUCAGUACCUUCCUUUGGAUCGACAACUACUACUCCAGUUGGAACUUUUAAUACUCCGAUGCAAAGUACCUUUGAAACUCAACAAUCAACUCCUCUGCCGUUUGGUGCUGCUAGUAAUUCUAAUGCAUUUGGUGACAAUAAAGCAUCACCAUUUGGAAUUCAAACAACAGUGACACCCGCUUUUCCAACAAACGAAAACAAUACAAGUAGUAUCUUUACAUUUGGUGGAAAUCAAGGAGGACAACAGCAGCAAUCUAAUACGUUUUCAUUUGGUAAUAAUAAUGCAUCUAAUAACAAUGUAUCAACAACUGGGCCCGUCCCAUUCCAAUUUGGUGCGAACACUUCUAAACCAGUUACAGGAUUUAAUUUUACUGCACCAUCGACAACACCAUCGCUUAACUUUGGAACUUCUGGUUCCACACCCACGUUUAAUGCUCCAACUCCUGGAAUGUUUAGUAUUGGUAGUGGUUCUACUGCACCACGAUCAAGAGCCACCAGAGGCAGAAAACCAAGAUGAUGCAGAAUGUAAAAAUCAUAUUAACAUCUUUAAGUAAAUUUUUAUCAAGAGAUACAUCGACGACAUUUAAUUCAUUUAAACAUUAAAAUGACUGUUUGAGUGGAUGCAUAUACAUAUUACUGUUAUU